AUGUCGGCCACCAAAUCCGCCGCCCACAUUCUCAAGCGUGUCCUAAUGGUUCCACCGAAGCACUUCACCGUCGAAUACGCCAUCAAUCCAUGGAUGGGAGGCGUCGUUGACAAAAAGAAGGCUCAUCAACAAUGGGAUUCGCUGAAGUCUGCGAUUGAGAAGGCCGGUGUUCAAGUAUUGACAAUGGAGCAGACCGAGGGCUUGCCGGAUCAAGUGUUCGUGUGUAAUAGUGGAUUGGUCUACGAUAACAAGGUCUAUCUGUCGAGAUUCAGACAUAAGGAAAGAUCCGGCGAACAACCACUCUACCUGGAAUGGUUCAAGAAAAACGGAAUUGCCACUAUUGGAGAAGGAUACGAGGAGAUUUUCGAAGGAGGUGGUGACGCCGUGUUCUCCGAUCCAAAAACUCUCUGGGCUGGUUAUGGAGAACGCAGUUCGAAGUCAGUCUACGAGAGGAUCAAGGCUCUAGGAUCGUUCGACAUCGUCCUUUGCGACAUGGUUCUCCCGAAUUUCUAUCAUUUGGACACUUGUUUCGCGCCCGUCGAUGAGACUUCCGCUUUGUAUUAUCCACCAGCGUUCUCGGAGGCAACCAAGAAAGAGAUUCUCCGCCGUCUCCCCAACUCGAUCGCUGUCUCGGAAGCCGAAGCAAACGCGUUUGUCUGCAAUGCGAUCACUAUUCGUGACACAGUCAUCUCACCAAUCGGAGUUUCUCAGGACACAAAGAACGCCCUAUCGAAACGCGGGAAACAAGUGGAAGAAGUGGAUAUGAGUGAAUUCAUGAAAAGUGGAGGAGCCUGUCAAUGUCUCGUUUUGAGAUUGUUGUAG